GGAUUUUCCCAUGAGUCUCAAAAUUAGAGUCUCAACUCCCAAUAAAUAUGAGACAGGGGAUGUCUGAAGCUCAUUCUGCUCCUGAGCCCACCAGGAACGAAACAGAGCUAGCUCCACCUUGCCCUCCAUCUGCCUUCCAGGAACAGCUAUGAAGUUCCUCUCCACAAGCACCUUCCUUCCCCUUGCCUUCUUGGGGCUGCUCCUGGUGACAGCUACUGCCUUCCCCACUUCACAAGUUCCGCAAGAUUUCACAGCUGAUAGGAUCACAAUGCCAAGUAAACUGACAACCUCUGCUUCACAAGUCUUUGGAAUGUUUAUACAAGUCCACAAGGAUGUCAAGGCACUGAAAAGCGAGAUAUCCAAACAUAAGGUCGAAACAGCAGUUUUAAACAACCUGGAUCUCCCAAAGCUAAGAACAGAAGAUGGAUGCUUCUACAGAGGAUACAACUGGGAAACAUGCCAGUUGAAAAUCAUCACUGGUCUUCUCAAGUUCCAGACCUACCUGCAGUAUGUACAGAACAAGCUUAAGAGUGACUCUGAAGAUAGAAAACCUGAAAGAAUAUACACUGGUGUCAAAAGCUUGAGCCUGCUCAUGAAAGCUAAGGUAAACAGUACAGAAGAGAUAGUCUCCCCUAGCCCAACGGCAAAUGCCAGCCUGCUGAAGAAACUGGAGUCCCAGAAUGAGACUCAGAUGCUUUUGUCAAUUGAAAUUAUCCUGCAGAGCCUUGAGGAGUUCCUGCAGGAGAGUAUGAGAGCUAUUCGGAAAGCAGAGCCUUUGGACAAGGAAAUCUAAUAUGAUCAGUUCAUGGGCAUUUCUUCCUAUGGUCAGAAAACAUGUCCUGUCCGCUGGGUAUCUACCUUAUCUUGUUCUCUACGAAGAACUGACUGUAUAAGUGUUAGGACACUAUUUUAUUAUUUUUAAUUUAUUGAUAAUUUAAAUAUGUGAAAGUUGAGUUAAUUUAUAUAUAUGACUGAUAUUUAUAACUUUAUGACGUGCCACUUGAAAUAUUAUAUGUAAUGGUUUUGAAAUUAUAAUAUAUAAUUUGAAAUUAUAAUAUAAAAGUAUUGAGUAGC